CCUAGACUGAGCAUCUCCACCAUGAAGACAGCUGGUGUCUUCAUGGUCCUCACUCUGGUACUUUUAUGUUUCUUCUCAGGUGGUGCCAGUGAGUCUUCGAAUCAGAUUAAUUGCAGAAGAUACCAACAAACAAAAGACCCACGCAAGAUAGCCUGCCCACGGAUCUAUAGACCUGUCUGUGGAACUAAUGGUGUCACUUAUGACAAUGAAUGUACGCUGUGUGCAGCAAUCUUAAAUGGGGCUACCAUAAACCUGGCACAUACAGGAAAAUGUAAGGAGAAGAUUGAUUGCAGUAGAUACCAACGAACAAAAGACCCACGCAAGAUAGCCUGCCCACGGAUCUAUAGACCUGUCUGUGGAACUAAUGGUGUCACUUAUGACAAUGAAUGUACGCUGUGUGCAGCAAUCUUAAACGGGGCUACCAUAGGCCUGGCACAUAAAGGACAAUGUAAGGAGAAGGAUGACUGUGGUGAGUAUCCAAAACCACAAAAGGGUAUACAGCUUGCCUGCGCAACGAUUUACAGACCUGUCUGUGGCACAAAUGGCAUCACAUAUAGCAACAAAUGUAACUUGUGUGCAGCAAGAUGGAAAACUGGAGUCAACAUUCGCAUAAAGCAUGAAGGAAGAUGUAACCGCAAGAUCAACUAACGGAAGAAUUGGCAUAACAUAGAAAAUAUUCUGCUUCAGUAUAAAUGAUAAAUUCUUCUGAUUCCUUUAUGUAAAGAUAUAGUUGUCAUUCGUCCUGUCCAUCCAGCACUCCUGAUGG